GACAGUGACAUUGUCAUGUAGAUGACCAGACAUCGAAUCGAUCGAAGUUAAAAAAGUAACAAAAAAAUCACUUUUGACGAAAAGUGUGCUUUGUAUUGAUUAAGUUUUACUAAUUUUUUCUAAUAUUUUGCUUUAUUUGAUAAAAUGAAGCCACGUCCUUGCGGCUGCAAAGGAUGCCGGACUUGCUUAAUAUGUGAGAAGCUGUACGGUGAGGAAAAUCUUAAGUUAUCAUUAAAACUUGACAAAAGCAAAGGUUAUGUAUAUUGUCCUUUUUGCGAUAAAGCUUGGCCCGGUUGGGAGAUAGAUGAAUACAAACAACACCCUCAUCAUUCCGGCGUACCUAUAAAUUAUCCUGGUAUAUACAUAAAGCCGGAUUUCAUAACAGAAUCUGAGGAAGAAGAACUAAUAAAACGUAUCGAUGAAGUGCCUUGGGAUAUAUCGCAAAGUGGGAGACGUAAGCAAAACUAUGGACCAAAAACAAAUUUUAAGAAAAAGAAAAUUGUCCCUGGUAACUUUGACGGUUUUCCGGAGUUUUCAAAAUUUUUACAAGACAGGUUUCAAUCGAUUGAUUUGUUACGAGAUUAUCAAGUUAUUGAACAAUGUUCGUUGGAAUAUGACCCGGAUAAAGGUGCAUCUAUAGACCCGCAUAUUGAUGACUGUUGGAUAUGGGGCGAGAGAAUAGUAACUGUUAACUGUUUGUCAGAUUCAGUUCUUACAAUGACAAUUUUUAAAGGAGAUACUAAGAAAUACAAUUUGUAUUGUGCUGACGAGUAUUAUCCAGUUGUGCAGCCAGAUGGAAGUGUUGAUUUAGAAUUUACCAACAAAGACAAGACAAUGUUAGAAAUGUGUAAACCAAAUGAAGACAUAGAUGCUAUUAUUAGAAUUCCAUUAAUAAGAAGAUCCAUAAUAGUGAUGUAUGGUGAAUCAAGAUAUCACUGGGAGCAUUGCAUUUUACGAGAAGAUAUUACAUCUAGACGAGUGUGCAUAGCUUAUAGGGAAUUUACACCACCUUAUCUCAGAAACGGAACCCAUAGCGCAAUAGGAAAUGAAAUAACAACAAGAGCUAAGAAAUUUUGGGAUCACAAAAGUAAACACAAAAAGGAAGAUGAAAUAACUAAUACGUAAAUUUGGUUAAUUCUAAUUUAUUAAACCCAAAGAUGUAAAUGUUAGUAAAUGUGUGAUUAUUAAAAAAAUACAUUUCAUU